AGGAAGAAGGAAUGGAACCAACCAGACCAAACCAACCUCAUUUUUUCGCUUUAUAAACACACUUUCUUUCCACUAAUGGAGUUUUGACGAAUCCCCCAUUGAAAUUCCUCUUCCUUCUUCCUCCCGUUUCCCCUCUCUUACCCUACUUCCACAGGAUUCUCUCCAUAACUGCAGAGACACGGAGCGAGAAUUUUUGUUGCAUAGAGCCCACAGGCGGGUUACGUAAAGGAUUCAGUCUUGAGUAGAGGCCAAUUAUGCCGUCGGGUGUGAAGAAGCGAAAAGCAGCCAGGAAAAAGAAGGAACAGGAAGCGAAAAUCAAUUCAUCGACAGGAGACGAAGAUUGUAAAGGUCAGAAUGGGAGAAGCUCCGAGAGUUUGGAGGUCAAUGCUACUUAUGAUCAUUACAAGUGUUACGAUCAGGUUGAUGGGAACAAUGAGAAAUUGGUGAAGAAUGAUUCGAAUGCAUCACCUGUUUUGUCUGCUGUGGAUGAAGACAAAUCUUUGGACGUAGAAGGAAUUAAAGGAAACAAAGGAACUAUCCAUGAGUUGGGAUUUGAUGGCAAUGGUGCUAUUGAAGUUGAGAAGGAAUUUACUUCAGCGGAGAAUAAUGCUCGUCAAUGCAUCAGCAGCGAGUACAUUGAAGCUGGGAAGAAAUUUGAUGAAUGGGAUGAUAAGAACUCAAGUAGCAGUUCAGCUGAGGAGUGUAAUAUUGAUGAUAAGAAAACUGAAGCCUAUGCUUCAUCUUAUACAGAAAAUCUUCGCGAUGAUAUACCACGUAAAUCUUCGUCCAAAACCAUUGGGAUAAAUGAAUCUGCAUCAGUUGGGGAGUGCAUCAACUCAUUGGUUGAAACUCUGGUUGCUGAUUCAGUUAAAUCUAAGGUUCCUGUAUCUACAGAGAAAAUUUGCUACACAAAAGUUGAAGCUGGUGAGAAUCUAGUGGUUUCUGAUACUGUGACAUCUGGGUUGAAGGAAGAUGCAAAUACUUUGUUGUCCAACCAAUGCGCUGGAACUCGAGUUUCAUCAUUUACUAAUCUUAAUUCAGUACCAAAAGAAAAUAAGGACAAAGUUUUAGCUGUAACAAUGGAGAAUGAUCAGAUGUCUUCAAGUAUGAUGAAACAAGGGUCCAGAUAUCUGGAAGGCAAGACACGUUUUCCAUCAGAUUCUCCUGCAUUUGGAGCUAGUAAAGACGAUGCUGUUACUAAGGAUUCUGAGAUUCCAUUGUGCUCUAAAAACAAGACCUUGGCUUCAGCACCAAUAAUGGCCCAAAGGACUUCUAUAUUCAGUUGUUGUGGAUUGUUUGAUUUGCUGAAAGGCAUCAAUUGAUGAAUUCAGAAGCAGACAGCCAGGGAGAGUUCCAGUGCACUGAUGAAAUUCAUCUAAGAAGCAAGCCUUUUGAUAAGUUUGAAACUUCUGGUAUAUCUCUAAACAUUUAUAGUUGUGAUGUGAUGCUCGACUUCCUAAGCUAAGAUCUAUGUCAAUGGCAAUUUCAUCAUUACCAGGCCGCUUAGCUUACUAUAUUUUCUCUAUAUUACUUGUAUGAUCAUGUAAACUAGUUCAGUUUACUUUACUUUCAGUAUGAAGGAUGCGUAUAUAGACGAGUUAAAAAAACUCGCAUUUGUUUUGUCUGUCAGUUGGCAUCCACCACUACACUGAUGCUUUAUCUCAGCAUUAUAGUUGUUUAUUUUCAAGCUCCAUGAGCUAUCAUGA